UUUCUAAAUUGCAGCAUCAGAUUUAUUUUCUCCUCUUCUAGAAUUGUCAAAGUGCUUUCAAGAUGACAAGCUGCAACGAGUCUGUUUUACUUAUCACUAAGGUGUUUAAGGGGACAUUUGUCCAUUCCACACAUACUUCUCCACUGGAAAUUUUAGAAAAUAUUAUUUUGGGAGUUGGUGAAGAUGGAAAGAUUGUGUUUAUUGAAGAUUUUUCUGAGCAGGAGAAUCUUGCCAAGAGAUGGGGAUUCAAAAAUACAGACAUCACACAUCUCAAAGACUGGGAAUUUUUCAUUCCAGGUAUGGUUGAUACUCAUAUCCAUGCAUCCCAGUACAGCUAUAUGGGAACAGGUCUUGAUAUGCCCCUUCUACCGUGGUUAAACACAUACACAUUCCCAGUUGAACUGAAGUACAACAAAAGGGAGUUUGCAGAAGAGGUCUACAAUAAAGUUGUGAAAAGAACACUGAAAAAUGGCACAACUACUGCGUGCUACUUUGCAACGACUCACACAGAUUCUACUUUGUUACUUGGAGAAAUUGCAGAUAAGAUUGGACAGCGGGCUUUUGUGGGAAAAGUGUGUAUGGAUAUUAAUAAUACUGUGGAGGAGUACAAAGAAACCACAGAGGAAUCUGUUGAGGAAACUAAAAGGUUUAUUUCAACACUUUUACAAAGAAAGUAUCCGCAGGUAAAACCCAUCAUAACACCACGAUUUGCUCUGUCCUGCUCCGACAAGUUGUUGAAAGAGCUAGGUUUGAUCGCAAAAAAUAAUGAUCUGCACAUUCAGAGCCACAUAAGUGAAAACACAGAGGAGGUGCAACUUGUAAAGGAAAUGUUUCCCGACUGCAAGUCUUACACAGAUGUAUAUAACAAAUGCAACCUUCUGACCAACAAGACUGUGAUGGCACAUGGCUGCCAUCUCACCGAUAAAGAACUGGACAUUUUCAAACAGAGAGAUGCAGCAAUCUCUCACUGCCCUAAUUCAAACCUCUCGAUUUGCAGUGGAUUGCUGGAUGUGCGUAAUGUUUUGAAGCACAAGGUGAAAAUUGGGCUGGCCACAGAUGUUUCUGGUGGGUAUUCUCCUUCCAUGCUUGAUGCUAUGAGGAGAGCUCUGGACACCUCCAAGGCUCUUACUAUUCAAACCUCCGGGUAUGAGACACUGACCUACAAGGAAGUCUUCCGAUUAGCUACCCUCGGAGGAAGCCAAGUGUUGGCUUUGGAAGACACCAUUGGAAACUUUGAAGUGGGCAAGGACUUUGAUGCAGUGCUUGUGAAUCCUUCAGUCCCAGGCGGGCCUUUUGAUGUUUUUGCCGGUGAUACUUUUGAGGUUAUUGUUGAAAAGUUCUUCUACUUGGGUGAUGACCGAAAUAUGGUAGAAGUUUAUGUUGCUGGCAAGAAGGUGGUUAAUUUGUGAAGCAUCCUUUUGACUCACUGUACAUGGGUUUUGCUAUGUAAAAACUUAAUUACAGGUUUUUUUAAGUAUAAACUGUAUUUUAUCAUGUGCUGAUAUUAAAGAGUUUUAACUGAUUUUUUAUUUUAUUUUAAAUGCUCUUAUGUUUUCCGUUCAAGUAUGAAAUGUAAUCAUUACCUAAUGGGUAUUUACCUGCUAAAGACCCAAAUCCUGAAUACUGAAAUACCAAAGCUGCUCUCUGGACGGCGCUCACAGAUCAGCACCAUUUUUCCUUUCAAGACUGACCUUAUCGGAGCUCCUUGUUCAGAUAAGUACCUGCAUGUUUCCACUCAUGGUGACUAUGAACAGGUGGACCCGUACUGAACCGGUACUGAGGUCACCGACCCUCUCUAUUCCUGACCCAGUACCGUACCUCUUAGUCCCACCACUGUCUAAAGGCACUCUCUUGGUGGACACAGUGGUCCUUCUUCGCCUAGGUGUAGCACUGGGCAGUGUCACCAGAAGGAAGGUCGUCACCACAGACACGUCCAGCCUGGGCUGGGCCAUUGUGUGGAAUGGCCAGGGUGUAGAACCCCCCAUUGAAAGGUCUCCAUAUCAGUUUUUUGGAGUUUGCAGGCAGUUUACUUAGCCUCGUAGAAUUUUUUUUGCAGGAGGUUCAAGGGAGACGUGUGCUUGUCAGUACAGACAACACAACUGUGGUGUCUUAUAUCAACCACCAGGGCGGCCUCGGGUCUCCCAGUCUCCAUCAUGUGGCCCACAAGCUUUUGCUCUGGGUGCACAAGAACCUCAUCUCACUGUGGGCACUAAAACUUGGCGGGCGGACCUCCUCUCAUUAGGUAAUAGUUACAGUUAUCUUUCUUUUACACUGUUAUUUCUGUAUCUUCUGUUUUCUGUAUCAAAGCCCCAAGUAUUAGAAAUGUAAUACAACAAUCUUGUGUUGUGUGUUUUGUGCUCCUGGAUAGACUUGUAAAGUAAAAAGUAAAGUUUCAAUAAUAGGUCCACUUUACUUUUUGUUCCAAUACAACAUGUUUUCCCCAAUGUUAGUAUUAUAAAACUAGAAAAAAAAAUAAACUUACCAUAUUAAUAGUGCCUCAAGCAAUGCUACUGUGUUGUCUC